GACGUCAUUGUUGCGGAAGUGAAAAGUGUACGUGGGGAAGAAAGGUUGGUCGGACCGCCUUCGUGAAGCUUUCUUGCGGUCUACGCGUACGUCCAAUCCAGCCAAGCUCCGUGGCCGCCGCAACAGAGCUACAGCACCACCCACCCAACGACUGACGUCGGCCAAAUGGCUCGGGGCGUAUAAAACAAAAUGAGACGAGGAGGAACCGCCGACGGGCUGUAAUGCUGCGGCGCGCGCGGCUUGGUCUCCGGCAGGUGCUGAGUCUGAUGGCCCGGAGACCGGCUCUCCUGUGCGGGGCCAUCGUGCUCGGAGUUCUGCUCGUCCUGGCUGUCAAGUUCACAUGCAGUCGUGCAAAGAACGUGGUGGCAGCGGCUCGACCGCCAUUGCGCUUCUUCUCGCCUGAAUCCCCAGUAGUGGAUCUCUACUUGGGUCAGCUUGACCAGGUGGAGCGUCUCAGGAACGUGGCCGAGGUGUCUUUUGUCUUCUUCUACGCGCCGUGGUGCGCCCAUUCCAUGGCUGCCAGGCAGGAAGUCCAGCUGGUGGCCAAGAAACUCUCCAAACAGGUUCAGUUUGUGGCCAUAAACUGCUGGUGGAGUCAAGGCAAGUGCAGGAGGCUCAACCACUUCUACAAGUAUCCCAUCAUCCACCUCUUUUACCGGCAAUUCGGGCCUAUCGAGUACAAGGGUCCGUUCGUGGCGGCCUAUGUGGAAAGUUUCAUCCUCCGAGUGAUCACGCCGCUCACGUAUCUCCCGUCAAGAGUCGCACUGAGGGAGUUCCUCUCCUGUCACGAGCCGCGAGUGGUGGGCUUCUUCCAGUUUACCUCUUCGCCUCAGCCGCCGGGCUACAUGACGUAUCUCGCCUCUGCCCUGCAGGCCCUAAAAAGAGAUUUCCGGGGCGUGGUCCGGUUCGGGGUGGUCACCAACAGACAGGUGGCGGGCGCCAUCUCGCUGGAAGACGACGAAACUGUUUACCUCCACAGAAGAUUUAACUCUUCUUUGAUUUUCCCUCGACGGGAACGCAACUUCACAUCCCGCGCCGUAUGUGGCUGGGUGUUUGAGCACCACGAGAGCGUCCUGCAAUGGCUGCAGCCGCCGGGGACCAAGUCUCGGCUCCUGGAAAAGGAACUGACCAAAGGGGCCGCACUGUUGCUUUUCCUGCCGCACGAUCCUCUCGUGUCCGUGCCGGACGGCCUCCUGCAGCAGGUUGCAGACGUGGCGCUGCGUUAUCACUCGUGUGACACACAGAACCAACACUUGACGUCCAGCUCGCCGUGCUGCCACUCUGUGCCCGUCCCCGACUCGGCCGUGUGGUGUGAGGUGUGCCCGAGCUCGUCGGCACGCUGCUCGUUGCCCUCCGCGCUGCAGUCCGCACACAAACGCCGCUGCCUUCACUUUCACUGUAGCAGCUUCCUGCUAAGCUACAGCCCACUGAGCCAACACAGUGCCUGCUGCGGGAACGUCGACCCUCGACGGAAGGACAUCUCACAAACCGAAGAGGUGUCCCGUGUGCAAAAUUCCUCUCCUUCCACCGCCACGUCUUCGUUCGACGCCCUCAAGGGGCUCCGCUGUCAGACCAACAAGACGCUCAGGUUCUACGUGCUGGACGUGGACCUCAACUGGCCGCUGGCGGAGAGGCUGGGGGCGCCGGGAAACGGAAACGGCUCAUUACGGCGCCACCGGAACACCGACGUGCAAGGGGACGGCUCCUUUGUGGCCAUCGUGAACCUGAAGGACGAGGUGCAUUACGUGCUACAGCGCAGCCCCGCCGCCACGCUCGCCGAAUCUCUCGAGGCCUUCAUCAGGAACUUCAGCGCCCCCUACAACCUCCUGCACAGACACUUGGUGGGCGAGGACUCGAGAGAACGCCGAGCCACGAGUCAGGAGCGAUCCCAGCAGCCCGAGCCUCCACGGCCGCUCAUCGCCGAGCUGACCACGUCCUCCUUCCUGCCCUGCGUCAUGGACCUUGAAAAGGAUGUGCUGCUUUUCUACUACACUCAGUGGUGCGGCUUCUGCUCCGUUCUCAACCACGUCCUCAUCCAGCUGGCUCGAUUGCUGCAGCGCGACAGCGGCGUCACCGUCGCCAGGGUGAAUGUUGCACGUAACGACCUCCCGUGGGAGUUCAUGGUGGAUCGUGUUCCCACCAUUCUUUUCUUUCCACGAUACGGAAAACAACUGAGCGUGAAGUUUCCGGAUGAUCUUCGCAUCACUCUUCCGAACCUCCUGCGCUUCAUCCUCAAGCACUCCGGCUCGCGUCCCGACACGGACGAACCCCGGUCGCCCGACACUCGGGACGCUUCGGGACCCGGCGGCGCCGUCCUACGCGCCGAGUUUGAGUCCCUCCGCCACGAGGUGCAGGCGCUGCACCGUGCCCGCGAGCUGCUUUCCCAGCAGCUGGCGCAGCUUUGGCGCGACAACCGGCAGCUGCGGUUGGACGCUCGCGACCUGGCGGCUCAGAACGCCGAGCUGCGGAAGGAGCAACGCAGCUUGGAGGAGCAGCGGCGGGAGAAGAGCCGACAGCUGGGCGAGGCGCUGCGGCGGCUGCGGGAACUGGCCGACGCCUCGGAGAACCUGCUCAAUCAAAACGCGCUGCUCAGGAUCGUGAUCAAGGCUCUGAAGGAAGAAGACGCCGAAGUAGUGGAGCCGGAGGAGGGAAAGGACGCCUCGGAAACGGAAAGCCAUUUGGCUUCCUGACGGUUGCUACGGGAGAUGGGAGCACCGGAGGCGGGAAGGGAUGAAUUGGCAGUCUGUGAAGUGAAAAGACUUGGUAGCACAGUGGUACCUUGACUUAAGAAACUUACAUUGCCAAUUCGUCCCCAAAAUGGGUGCUUUAAACCAAAAUGGCAGACUUCCUGUUCAAUUUCAGGCACUGUUCAUUGAGACUUUUUCAUGCGUCCUGUCUCGAUAGACACUACGAUCUUUGAAACCGGUGUCACGCGCUGAACUUUCCUAAUACACUACCGUAUUACUUUCACUUACGAAUGCCCCAACUUCAGAUUUUUAUUUUUUUUUAAUUUGGGGUAAAAUUUAUUUUAUAUGCAAAUAAAUUGAGUUACAAGCUUGACCACAGAAGGAAUUAAACUCGUAAGUCAAGGUACCACUUCAGUUGGACAGAAUCUCUUGGACGAGGUUGUCUUUGAAGGAUGCCUGGAACCGACCAAUAUGAACCUAAAAUGUCUGAUUCAAAACAAAAUGGCAGACUUCCUGUGUCUUUUCAGGCGUGGCUUCCUGAGACAUUUUUUGUGGGUCUACUCAUGAUAGACGUGCCAACCAAAUUUCGUGUUGUUAAGUGAAACUGGCUAAAUUUUCAAACUCGUCAUCAUGCUAAUAAGCUAACUAGGGGAUAAGACUCAGCUGUGUGCAGACCUCCACCAAGGCUAACAUUCCUCCUUUCUUUGAAAUGCCAACGGUCGUGUUUGAAGAAAGAAAUUGUUAAUAAGGUAAAUACAUCACUCAGGAGAUAAAAUCUCAAUUUCUAACGUCACAAAGGUGUCUUAUUGUAUUUCCAAUUGAGCAGACAUGGAGCCACGCCCCCCCCGAGCACUUCUCUUCACACAACCACAGCAAUGUCUACCAAAAUUAGCACGUAAUUAAUUUGGUAUGCUGUCAUUAUUCGUCGACAAAUUCAAUUUUUAAUGUGCAGUUUCUGUUCAGCAGACACCGUUUUGCACCCAUUGGUUUUGCGUGAGCUUAUGUCACAUGUGUCCUAUUGCAUUUCCCUUAACGCUUCAAAUUCUACAACCGCAGCAAAGUCUAACCAAAUGAACUAAUUCUAUUUCAAAUUUGUGCACUUUUUCUUAAGGCGACGCCAAUUUGUGUCCUUUUUAUUUUCAUUGAGUGUGGUGAAAUAGUAAUACCUGUCGUAUGUGAGCAUCGCCCAAUGACAAACAGGACUACUUUACGGGGGGUAAUAGGAAUCGAGCAAAUUAGAGUAAAUUAAGUUUUGGGUUUCAGUGCCAAUGACUCCAUCUUCCUUACUUGCUUGAUGAUUGACAGUUGUACACGACUUUGUAAAUUUGAACACUUGAAAGACUUUUGUGUCCCAAAGGAUUGAUCUAUUUUUACACUUUCAAUCACUAAACUUAUUUCUAUCGAACUAUUCAGGUAUUGAGAUGCUGCAACUGUUUGUGUGAAAUAUUGAGCCGUGUUUUUUACGAAUUAAAUUUUUGGGGAUCUUUGCUA